AUGCAUGGUAAUGAACCAUGUGGAAUUUUAAAUCUCAAUUCUCCCUGCAUUAAAGAUGGAAAAUGCACCAAAAAAUUUCCUAAAGAAUUUAAUCCUCACACUGUUGCAACUUUUAAUGGUUAUCCACGCUAUAGAUGUGUCGAUAACGAAAGAAUUGUCAAUAUAAAAAUUAAUCAAGUUGAUAACCGUUGGGUUGUACCUUAUAACCCAUGCGUUUCCAAAAAAUAUCAAACGCACAUAAAUGUUAAAGCCUGCGUGACCAUAAAGUCAGUUAAGUAUUUUUAUAAGUACAUUUACAAAAGGCUUGACUGUGCCAAUUUAAUGUUAAAUAAGCAAGUUAAUCAUGAUGAAAUAAACACGUUUUUAAAUUGUCGCUAUGUUUCAUCUCCAGAAGCAUUGUGGCGAUUAUUUGAGUAUUCUUUAAGUGAUAUGUCACAUAACAUCUUUCGACUUCAGGUUCAUGUACCAGAUAAUCAAAUGAUAUAUUUGUAG